AAUAUUCGGCUUUUCUUCUCAAUGAAAAAACAAAAAAAAGUUUCGAUUCGGUUUUCUCAGUACACGUCUAACACUACUGAGCAUUAGCAACGCGUUUGUGUUUUAGCUAAACAAUUUUCUUCUUGUUGUCGCUCCUUCAUUACUGAAUCGGGAAUAGGUUUUCAUUUUGCAAUAAAUUAUUUCCAUUUGGUUGGUAAGCUAAUAUCACAGCAUUCAAAGGAAUUUAGUUUCAAGUGUGUAAAAUUCGAAUUUUGUGUGGAAAGAUUUUCUUUUUCUUUUUUGUCUCGUCGCAACGAAAGUGGUUAGAUUUCGCGAAAAUUUCAAUUUCUGUGUUGUGUGAUUUUCUGUUAUGUAACUUAAACCGACAAACAAAGAUUUUGUGUUGACACAACAAAAUUUCAGUAUUUUCAACGGAAAAACCUUCUGAUUAGGCGGGUCAAUGCUUAUGCGUAAUUAUUGUCGAUAUUGUUGUUAGAAUUCCCCUACCUACUAACAAAGUGUGAACUCAACGAGGAACUAGUAACAGUGUUCGAAAAUCUUGGACAUAUUUUUUUCUGUGUUCGAAAAGUGUGUUCAUAUGCUAAACUGUGAAGCUGAAAAGAAUCAUACGUACGCCGUGUAAAAUGAAUACGAAAUGGUGUGGAUGUGGAUGCUAGUAAUCAAACAGUAUUUAACGUUAGUACUGUACAAUCAACGUGGCGUCCACAAUUGCCUCUACCCGAAGAAAUUAAUGUGAACAACAUGGACAACAUGGACAACAAAUCGUCGUCAAAGUUCAGCAAUGUCAACAACAAAAAAUGGUCACUCGGUAGCCUAUUCCGACGAAAGAAAAAGGACGAAACUUCCGAAUCGAGCAGCGAGGAGGACCGCAAAGCUGGAUUUACUCCACAAAAGCGAAAACCCAAACCAAAACCGAAGGCCAAACGUCCCAACAAACUUAUCAGCGCGUUCGAUCAUAUCAUAAUCGCACCCGCCGACAAAUCCAAAGACACCGACAGUUUGAAAUCGUUUGAUCGGAUAACGACGCCAACGGAUUCGAAUCGUUCCACUGGAUCGUUAGAUCGUCGAUUGCGACGAGAGAGACUGCGAGCGGCAAGGAUAUAUGCGAAGGAAGUGAGCAGUGAUGAAGAGAUUGAGUCAAUUAAUUCGUCGUCGAUGUCGCGAUUCCGAAGCGAUGAAAGUAUUGGAAAUCAUAGUGGAUCGAGCUACAAGAAAUCGCGAGCGGCUAGAACUGAACGAUAUAUGAAGCGAAUGUCAAAGGGCGAUGAAUUAGGACAAAUAGUGCAGCAAGUAAGUCGUUGGCAUACUCAACCAAUUACACCGGGAUUCAGAUACAAUGAACAUUCGAACAAUGAGCAUUCAUACAAUCGCCAACCGAGUGAAGGCUUGCGAACUUCAGCCAGUCUAACGAACGUGCCAUCACAAAAGCUCAACCAAAUAUGGAGUGUUCCGCUGCGUUCGAAGCCACAAGAGCUGAUCAAAGAUCAGGAGAACCGGAGUAUCAGUUACGAGAAUCAUCUGUACCGUCCAUCGUCACAACGAAUCAUCAACAAAGCUGGUCCACCAGCUCCGCCACCUCGAGAUCCUCAACGUCGUCUCACCAUUUACAAUCCAUCGGAAUCACGUCCGCUAUCUUAUGCAUUUGACAAGCACACGUCCAAUCCCCAGUUGCUAGGCAUUUCCUCUAACAAUCGAUGUGUAAGUGACGAUCGUUUGUGGGGUGGACAGAUACAGCAGCAACAACAACCACAUCGACCCGCUUCCGUUCAACCGGUGCAAGAACCAAGAAGAUUUAUAACAAGAAACGAAACCGAAUUUGCUAAGAAUAUGCGCAAUUUGUCAUCUCAACAAGGCUAUGAGUACCUUGCCGAUGCGGCUCCACGAUCUAGGCGCCCCAUUCAUGUGAUGCCCAAAGAUGUGAAACGCGAUACGUCUGUCGAUAUUACGGAACAUUCGCCGCCACAGGUCAGAUUGCGAACUACGAAAAGUGGCAUACAGGCACCGAUGAAGAGUGCAGCAGAUUUCUGGAAGCAAAUCGAUCAGGCCGAGUCGAACAAUCGGUCCGGCCGGAACACUGAGCGAAUGUACACGGUGAAGCCUAGGUCCGUGUCCCAUUCACGAGCCCAUGACCUGAGCAUGAAUUCGUGGAGCAAUCACCAUCCGAUUGACAAUGGAAAUGUUCAUCGCAGAGAAUUCAAUGUAACUAGCGUGAUAUUGAAACCAUCGAAGAGCUGUGGGUUUCAACCGAAAACUACCGUCACCAAUACAGCAAAAGCAUUUGAAAAGAAGCAUGAGAAGACUAAUUCAAUGCCCAGCUAUUACACGGUGAAGGCCAUUCUAAAUUCGCCAGCAAACAAAUACGAAGAGCACGUUGCCAAAACAGUCGUACAACCAAUGCAACCGAUCAGAUACAAGCCGAAAGUACCACUUCCAACACCACCGUCUAAUCGGCUCCAGUCGCAAAAGUAUUCGACGUCCGAAGACGAUCUUUUGGACGGUCACCGAAGACAACGGAAGAAAUCAACAAAUCUGGAAGAUGCCAUCAACGAACUGGAAGCCAUUUACAAGAGCCUCGGAUUGGGUGAUGAAAAUUUAAUGGAUCGGGCUGAACGUCGUGACAUACCAAAGUUCAAUCAAUUCAAUCCGGUUUCGAAUUUUAAUCCGGACAGUGACGACAAUGAUAAUGAGAUCGGUGAGAAUGCGGAACCGGACAUUGUGUUAGACGACGUAGCUUAUCGCAAUUUUAAACGAGCUAACAGCAUACCCAAAACCAUAGAACCACAACCGCCAUUCGGUAUACCUAUCGGACCUAUACCGUCAACUCCUCCCGGAUCCAAUUACUUGCAUGCGUCGCCCGAUAACACUAUCGCCAAGCCUAUGUUUAUUGCACGCAAAACUCCCGAUUUAGUGUCCGACGAUUUGGCUGUGAGAAAUUUACGCAAAGAUUCUCCCGUUCGACAGGUUGGUUUCGAUAAAGUCGAGCAUUGCAUUCAACCGUCCAUUUUACGAAAGAAACAGCGGGCUGUUCGUUCCAUGUCGGAAAAUAUUUACAAUUUGAUACAACGUGAUGCAGCGAAACCAUCCGGGGGUUGUUUGGAUGAUUAUGAUGUGAUGGCUGGUUCGUUGAACAAUGCGGCAAGUUUGAAGGACAUAACGUCCGGUGAUGAUAAUGAUCAUCCGACGACAUUGCGUUUACUGCAGCAGGAACACCAGCAUUCGGACGUAGAUCAUCGAAGUAAAGGACGGAGCGUCGUCGGCGCUGUAUUCAGUUUGCCGUCUACAUUAAAAACAUCAACGCCGGCAAAAGUGCCAUUUAUCACAAAACAACAUCGGCCUACCAUGGUACUGAAUCAGAAGCCACCAAUCCCGUUGCCACGGAACAAUUUGAGUCCCGAUCUCAACUGUGAUAAAUCCGGUAUGGAAGACAUUUUGAAUGCGAUAGCUAAGGAGGCGAAAGAAAGUAGUGAGAAAUUGAGUCGCGAUUUAUUUGAAUUGCGCAAGGAAAUGGUGAGUGAGAAAAAGGAUAAGGAAUUCCGGCCCGGCAGUCCAAAAGCUAAGCUUAUAUCCAAUGUUAAAAUGGAAAAGGACAUUGACAAUGUGUCGCGAGCGGCAAAACGUUUCGAGGAAUUGCUCGAAGACGUUGUCGAUGCCGGUGUUGCUAGCAAGAUCGGUAACCCUUCUGAAUCAUCCGCUGCCAACCGGCGAUCAUUUUCGAAGGAAAAACAAUUUUUGCAAAAUAUAAACGAUGUGGCCGAUGCGGCGAAAGCCUGUGAACAGGUCAUCGGAAUGGUGGUUGAUGGAAACGGGAAAAAGAGCCCCGAAACCCGAAGCCCGAAGUCGCCACGAAGAGAGACGAAAAAAGAAAAAGCUGAAGACAGCCAUUCGGUCGCACAAUUGUUGGAGAAACUAGAGCCGAAUGUUCAGCAUAUUGGUGUUAUAGCCGAACGAUGCAUGCGCCAAUUAAGCGAACUCGGUGACAUGAACGUUGAAGUUGUUGAGAAAAAGGCAUUACCAUUGACUAAUGCUGAUACAGUGGACGCAGCUGAUUACGACAAUUUAAAUUCUCAUUUGAUAACAACAUUCAAUCAAUCGCGUAACGAUGAACUGUCUACGGAGACCCGUUCGGCAGAGCAAAGUGAGCCGGAUUUUCGCCGUAAAGUUCAAGAAGAAAUCGACAAAAUAAUGCAAGAAUGUGCCGAAGAAGCGCAAAAGAAGUGCACGUUACAACCGGAAUCGAAAUUCGUAUCAUCCGACGAAGAAAUGAAUAUUUUGCUGUUACCACCAACCGAAACAAAAACUGAAAAAACUACCGCAGACGAUAAACCGAGCACGACGCCGUACUCAUCUCCGCUAGACGAGCAAAACAAAUCGUCAUCCGACUAUCUAAAAUCGUCUAGCGCGACACCCAAUCGCAUCAAUUCGUCCAGCAUUACAUCGUUCAACGAACAGUCGUCCAGCGAUUUCGCCAAAUCGAUCAGCAGCGACAAUCGCCUGGCCAGUGAAGGUAUUAAAACUAGUAGUACAACAUCAUGUGAACCAGCACAAUCACCGUCGGCAAUUAAAUCAAGCACUGUAUCACCUUUCACCAUAUCACCAUCACCCCCACUCGUACUCACACCAGCCGACGACGAUGAACGAUCGCUGUACAAUUCGUCCGAAGAGCUGGCAAUGAUAUUCGGAAUUAAGACACCGUCACCAUCAGAUUUAGCACCAAAUCAAUUGCUUGUAGACUUGGAAAAAACACUUAUCCAAUCCACUGCUACCAGCGACUGUCAACCAUCCAAUACACGAUCAGCAACAGCUGACUUCAUUCAUCCAAUUGAAUCGAAAUCGCUGCCAAUAAACCGCAAGCGCACAAUAACUACUGUGCAUACGACUUAUUCGCCUUCCUGUGAAAUUCUAAAAUCAUCAUUCAUCAGUCCAUCGAACAAAGCCGUUAGUGAAAAUUCGAAUGAACAAGCCGCCGUCGUGCCGAAUGAUGCACGACCGUUCAGUGCACUGUACGAUAUAAUAUGCAAAGAAAAAGAAAUCGAAUAUAUCAUGAGCAACGCCCCACAAACGGAACAAUUGGCCGAAAAAUUGUUGUCUUUGAGCAUGGGCUUAACCGAACAAAAUGGAUCGGUCGAUCGGCGAUCAGCUGGCCCAAAUGAAGAUCAAGUCAGUACGAGUACAACGGAGACUGAACCACCUUUAGAUAGAACCAUUCAUUCACCAUCAACGAGUCAAAACAAUUCUAAAUUUACUGUAGCCUUUAAGGAUCACCAGGUGUCGGAUUACGAUGUUCGGAUGGAACGACCGGAUUUGAGUUACGGUACGGUUGGAAUGGACGCAAGUUGCAAACCAUCCGAUUCGACUUUGAUUGAAUCAUUUUGCCUGCACCCUAAUGAAACAUCUUCAGGAUCAUUGUCAUUAAUAACUGCAUCCACUACCAAGCCUCAUAUUAAGUCACCAACCGAAGGCGGCCGGAAAGCAUUGAACCAGAUUGGAAGUGAUUCGGAGAAGAGCAGCAGCGGUGGUGUAGGUAGUAGUAAUGUGUCCAUAAGUCCUACACAAAAUGUAAGAACGACUAAAGCUUCACGCUUGCGUGCUGCUGCUUUGGACAAAAAAUUAAAACUGAAUGGCAACAGUGAUCAACGACAAUCACCACCAAUAGCUUCGAACAAACCAACAUCCAUCAAAUCAUUACCGCUACGGCCUCCAACGCUUCAACGUUCGAAACGCCUAGUUCCCUCCAUUGACGUAUCCGUUCAGCAAACACUUAACGAACAUCCGAUGGUCCCAUUGGUAAUCGAACAAAAAUCUGAUCAAAUUAGUGCUGUGAAAUUAUACGCUUCUGAACCAUAUGCCUCUUACAAUAUUCUAUCCCCUCGUGCACGAAAUACAUUGAAAGCCGACUUUUACUCACCGAGAACCGGUUCCGAUGAAUCAUCAGGCAGCCGGAAUUCGCCACAUCUGAGUCCGAUGGAACGGGACAAAUCAUCAAAACGAAAAUCAAAUUUGAAUCGUUCAUUGACCGAGGAGUAUACAGAUGAAAAUCAUCUAUCACGUCGUCGAAAUCGACGCGAGCCGGAAGGAACAAAAUCUCUAAUUCCUAGAAUCGAAUCACUAAAUUUGAAUCGAGCGCGUGACAUGCACGCGACCAGUCAUACAACGUUGACUCAACCAACAUUGCUCCUCAGCGAAAAUGCAUCAAUGAAAAAUACUUCAAGCAACGGAAUGUAUUCACCGGUCGAACGGUAUCGUUCGAGUACAGUGAGCCCGAAAGGUCUAGCCCAAAAAUCUCAUCAAAACCGUGCCACCGACCAUAACACCAGCGACGGUACGAGCUCCUCUGUGCGAUCACAGCGGUCAAUCAAUUUGAAUGGUUCGACUCAAUCGUCGCUCAGCGACACAAAAUACUUGCAAAAGAACAAACGUUUGUUGGAACUGUCCCAUAAAAUGGAACGGACCAAGGAACGAACCAAAGCCGAACUGGCAAAGAUUGAGCUGAUUACGGCUCGUUGUAACAACAGUUCGGCUGAACUGGCUCCGGAAAAUAUCUGUGAUUUAAACGCAUCACUGAGGGUGGAUUUGGCGAAUCAGCUACUGGACUCCGCAGCAGUUGGUGGAUAUACCGAUUCGAUUGAAGCUAAUCGUUCGGAUAUUCUAGUCAUACAAAAGCCUUUCCAAAAGAAAGAUCGAAUCAGUUUCUUCGACGACAAUUUCCUAAGUAGCAAAGCUGAUGCGUCAUCCAAUUCGUCGUUUUUUAGAGAUCGCAAACGUUCGCACAGCACCGAAGAGAAAUACACCUUCUGUGAUGCAGUUCUACUCGAUGAUGAUUAUGCCACUACUAAACAAAACCGUCCGUCCAGCACUCCGUCUUCUGAGUUGCAUUUGGCACCGAAAAAGUCACCAAAUUUACGACGUAAAAGUUCCGAGGACGGUAUCACCGCCACCAAUCACAUCGUGUCGAUUCUGAAGAAGAAGGAUCACAACGAAUCAAGUUCGGCGUCAAGUAACGCCUCACCGGUCACCUUUUCAUCUAGUGUUGUCGACACACCGACACGAAGCGCUUCGCGUCAGGGAAUUUUGAAAAAGCGAAGCUCAUUAGACGAGAGUCGUUACAGUCGAAGUCAUUCGCCCGACGAACGUUCCGUUUUGAUUCGUACGCCGCGACGAAACAGUUUAGAAGAACUACAGCAUGGCAUUCUGAAGCAACGCAGUUACGACAGUAAAACUGAUCUGUCUGUACACAACGAACCGCAUGGCAUUUUAAAGAAAAAGGAAAAUUGCACACCGUCGGAGACAUCAUACCCGAAGCACGUGUCCAUUUCAGAAGCGGUUAUAUUGGCCGCCGCCGAACUGUGCAAGGAUGCUGUCGGCUCGGACGAUGAGGAAUACGAAAUCAGACCGAUUUUAAAGCAAGACACACCGACUAUCAGCACACCUCGACCAAUAUUGAAGAAGAAAUACUCGUCCGAAUCGGAAGAAAUUCGACCGAUACUGAAAACAUCGCGGAAAAGUAGUCGCGAAGAAUCGGAUAACGACGACUAUACCCGACCGUCAAGAAAAAGUGAUUCGCCGGCAAAACGGCGCAGCUUUUGCGAUCCAUUCGAAACGAACGUUGUGCUGGAGCGCAGCCGAUCGAUGGAGAGUCAUGAUAAUGAUCGAGCUGUGUUCGUUCAGCCAACAUCUUUGGCAAUUAGCGAGAAGCCGCUGGUAUCUGUCGCUGAACGCAUAAAGAACAUGGAAAAGGUGCUCACUGUGGACAAGAGUGCGAUGAAUCGACGUGAAAGCAAUCGACAGCGCUUCAAGACACAACCAGUGACCGUAAAUGAAAUUAGCUGUGCCUUAAACAAAUUCCACUCACCAUUGAAUCAUCGUAAUCACAGUUUUGUAACGGAUUUCCGAUCAUCGACCUUAUUCCCGGAAAUUGAAAAUCCAUUAUCAUUGUCUGCCGAACUUUGUCUAACAUCGCUGAGCAGCGACAGCGGCAUUCUGACGGCCAAAUUGUCCGACAUUUCCAAUUCCGGUGAAUUUGAUAAAUCGCCGAUCCGACAACAAAUGGAAAAUUCUGGUGCGACUGAGAAGCAUUUCAGCGACGUUGACCACGGGAAUAAGACCGAAAAUGGUGAGGACAGGAAACCGUUGAGUCGCAGUGACAGUGUUCGAGCACGGGCGAGUAUGUUUCAAGCGAUGGAAGAACAACGCUCGAAACAGCACCUGGAUGAUGGUCAACGCUUAUCGAAAUCAAAGAGUUAUGUUGCCAGUCAACCGGAAAAAGUACUCGAUUUCGAUACGAAAAAUGAUCAUCGAGAUGCUGAAUCGCACAAAUCAGCCCAACCUGAGACCCAACCACCGCCAAAAUAUUUCAUGAAAGGGCUGCAAUUACCGAGCGACUUCAGCGCCGAAUUGAAAUCACGGCUUCGAAAAUCGACCAACGCAUCCGUCAGCAAUCUGAAAAAGUCGGCAUCCAGUAUCGAUGCCAUACGCCACGAAGAACCAUUGCUACCGUCAUCGAUGUUGAAACAGAAACUGGACAAUCAGACCAGUUCGGCUAGUUCGUCGGAUACGGAAGAGGGCAAAGAUUUGGGGAAGCUACUCCGCAGCGUGUCCAAGGAAAAUAUGAACAGUGUGAAGCGGGGAUUGAUGAAUUUGAAUAAAAUGCUGGAACAUUCGGCAUUGGUCGGUGCUAUGAGCGGUGCCACAUCGACAAGUGAUGGUGAAAGUAGCGGCGGGCGAGAGGUUGCCACAAUCAUAAAAAAUAGUGCUGUAGCUAGACGCAAAAAAUUCAAUGAGGGGUAAGUGAGGAAAAGAUUUUUUUCAGAAGAGGGAUGGGAAUAGAUCAAAAUACACAUUUUGUUGUUUGAUAUAUCGAAACGCUUUGAACAAAAUAUUUCAUUGUAAAAUCAUUGUGUUUCUCCUUCGUUUCGCUUUUAUGUCCUUAAUCUGUUAAAUAUAUUGUGGAGCCUGUGCAAGAAUUAACCCGAUGUUUUCUGUUGCAUUUUGUAAUGAACCAUAAUUCCACAAACAUAAAUUUUUAUAUUUAACAAAAGAUAAUAAAAAGAUAAAAAACAAACAAAAAAAUUACGUAAAA